AUGGCAGCGCAUCAUCUCCUCUGGGCUGCCUCGCUCCACGUCGUCGCGGCGCAGACGUGGCCGAUCACGACGCUCGGCAAUCACCGCUACAAGUUCACGGUCCCGGCGGCCUCGACCUUCCUCGUCGAGCUGCCCUGGCGCCGCACGGGCAAUGACCGGCGCAACGACAAGAACAUCAGCCUGGGCGCCGUCGCCGUCCUGCCCGCGUCCGCGGACGUCGCGGGCCUCGACGCCGCCGUCGAAAACUGCGCGGUCCUCCGCGCGGACCGCACGAGCGGGCUCGUGGCCGUCGACGGCGCGGCGCUCGCGGCCGGCGCGACGGCCUACGCGUACUACCUCCCGUUCGAGCGCACGGGCGGCGUCUACGGCAUGAACGUCGCGUACCUCCGCGCGGCGGACCUGCCGGCGCCGGACGCGGCGUGGCUCGCGGCGGCGCGCGCCGCGCCCGCGCUCCCGACCGCGUCGUCGCCGACCUACGAGGCCCGCACGGCCUUCGACGCCUUCGACGACAUGGAGCGCACCGCGAGCCGGGGCGAGGUCGCGGCCCUCGUCGCCGCGCAUUCGGACCCGUUCCUCCUCUUCCCGGAGCCGCGGUCGCGGCCGAUCCGCAUGGUCUUCCACCCCGCGGACGCGGCCGAUCCCCUGCCGGACCUGCCCGCGUCCUGGGCGACCGCCGGCCCCGGGGACACGCUCGACGCGGGCGCGUUCAAGCGCGGCGAGUACGGCGUGUUCCAGAUCGGCGUCUUCGCUUCCCUGAAAAACGCGACGAACGUGACGUACGCCGCGCGCGGCUUUCCCUACGCCGUCAACUGCUUCAACGUCGAGGGCGUCGACGACGCGGGCCGGCCCUUCGCGCGCACCUAUGCCGUGCCGCACCUGCAGGUCGGGGCGCUCUGGUUCGGGAUGCAGGUGCCCGCGGACGCGCCGUUCGGCGCCGGCGGCGGCGCCGUCGACGUCCUCGUGGCGGGCGACGUCGUCGGAUCCGUCGAGGUGUCGUUCCGUGUCAACGGCACCGCUCCGGACGGCGGCGACGGCGACUUGCGGACCCUGUCGCGGUCGCGGUGGCUCGACAGCCGCGUGGGGCAGACGAAUACGACGGCCGAGCGCCACACGCCCGUCGUCGUCGACAAGGAGCGACGGACGCUCGAGACCUGGGCGGCGCGCGUCGUCCUGGGCGCCGACGGCCUGCCGACGGCGAUCGCCCGCAAGGGCAAGAACAUGCUCGCCGGCGCCGUCUCCCUCCUCGACGCGACGGCGUGCGAGCCGCUCGCGUGGACGACACUGACGGACGACCUCGUCGCCUGGACCGCCGCGUGCGCCGAACAGACCGUCGCCGCGUCUCUGGAUGCCGACGGCACGCUCCUCUUCGACGUCCGCGUCGAGAGCGCUCGCGCGGACGACGUCGCGCUCACGGUCCCGCUGAACGCGACGCUGGCAAAAUACUCAAUGGGUCUGGGGGUUCCCGGCGGGACGCGGCGCGACAUGGCGUGGCGCUGGCGCGCGGGCCCCGUCGACGCGACGCCGAGCGGCUACGCCAAUUACCUCGUCUGGCUCGGGAACGUCGACCUCGGGCUCCGCGUCAAGCUUCUGGGACAGGAGGACUCGUGGCUCGGCGCGCUGCAUUCCAUCGUGAGUGACGAUCAGGUGCCGACGGACAGCUGGGCCGGCGUCCCCGCGGCCGGCGGACCUGCGGGCCUGCGCCCCGACGGCGUCACGCCGCUCGUCUGCGACGGGAACUGCACGCGCUUUACGGGGGGCGUCAACGUCUCCGAGGCGGCGCCGGGCGUCGUCGACGUCGUCGCGUUCCGCGGCGCGCCCCUCGCGGCACCGGCCUCGUUCCGAUUCGAGCUGGCCAUCUCGCCGACGAACGCGCUGGACACGGCGGCGCACUUCGGCGACCUUGGCCGUCGGCACUACCAGUGGUCGGCGUUCGCGCCUCCGAACGCGACGGAGCUCUUCGACGCGGGCGUCCGCGUGUUGAACGUCCACCAGGGCGUCGACGUCGUCAACCCCUACAUCAACUACCCCUUCGAGCCGGAGAGCGUCGCGCCGCUGUCGACCAUCGCGGACGCCAUGCACGCGCGCGGGGGGCGGGUGAAGCUCUACUACACGACGCGCGAGCUCAGCGACCACGCGGAGAUCAUCUGGCUCCUCAAGGCGCUCGGCGACGAGGUGCUCGACGGGGACGGGGGCGUCGCGGGUUUUCGGAACACGGCGGAGAAGGUCGGCGGCGCGAGCUGGCUCCAGGAGCACCUGCACAGCGGCUACUCGGUGUCGACGCCGCCCGCGAACCUGACGUCGACGGAGCUGCUCGACGCCGCGGUCUGCGACUCGCAGACGCGCGACCCGCACCAGCGCUGGUCCAACUUCUACGUCGAGGGCCUGCGCUGGCUCGUGGAGGAGAAACCCCGCGUCGACGGCCUCUACCUCGACGGCGUCGCGUACGACCGCCUCACGCUCAAGCGCGCGCGGAAGCUCAUGGACGACGCGAAGCCGGGCUGCCUCGUCGAUCUCCACUCCGGCAACAACCUGGACCUUCGGUACGGAGACGUCUCCCCGGCUUUGCAGUACAUGCACCUGUUCCCCUACAUGGACUCGCUGAUGCUCGGCGAGGGCUACGCGCCGGGCUACGACCGGCCGGCGGGCGUCCCGGGCGGCGGGCCCGACUGGUGGCUCGUGGAGGUCAGCGGCAUCCCCUUUGGGCUCAUGAACGACAUGCUCGGCGCGUCGGCGUCGCAGCUCUGGCGCGGCUUCGUCUUCGGGUCCGUCACGCGCCUCCCCUACAGCAGCCUCGCGUCGAACCAGCAGGUCUGGAAGGUCUGGGACGACUACGAGCUCGAGACGGCGGAGAUGAUCGGCUUCUGGGACGACGCGGGCCCGGCCGUAUCGCCCGCCGCGGGCUGCGGCGGCGGCGGCGCGCUCGCGGCGACGGCCUACGUCCACGCGGGGAACGUGACCCUCGUCGCCGUCGCGUCCUGGGCCAACGCCACGCUCACCUGCGACCUGGUCGUCGACGUCGCGCGCCUCGGCCUCGACCGCGUGACCGUCGCGGUCGCGCCGGCCAUCCCCGCGGCGCCCGUGCCCGGCUUCUCCUUCCAGGCCGCGGCGACCUACGCGGUCCACGACGGGAAGGUCCGCGGCGUCACGGAGAAGAAGUUGGAGUAUGAGAAUCGCAUGGCCCGAGCGAGGGGCAAAAAACUCGACACUCUCAAGACCUGCACGAUCUGCGGCGCCGACAAGGCCAAGGCUUGCGCAGGUUGCGGCACGACGGCCUACUGUUCGACGGACUGCCAACGCAUCGACUGGCGCGACCGGGGCCACCGGAAGGUCUGCAAGAAGGUCCAGGCCGCGGAGGCGGCGCGGGCGGAAGCGCCGACGCCCCCGCCGUCGCCGCCGCGCGAGGUGUUCUACGGCCCCGCGCCGCGGUCGCACGCCGACGAGGUCCGCGCGCGCAUCGCCGCGGAACACGAGGCGGCCCGCGCGCGGCGCGAGGCGAACCCGGAGCCCGAGCCCCUGUCGGCGCGGUUUGGGUCGCGGUGCCCGAUCUGUCGGUGGGGCCUCGUGAAAUCCGAUAAGAAAGCCGCGAAGAUUUGGAAGCGCGCCGUGGAGCUCGGGGACGUGGACGCGAUGGUAUUUCUUGGGGAAAUGUACGAGGAUGGGGAAGGCGUCAAGCUGGAGAAAGAGAAGGCGGAGCGGCUGUAUCAGGCGGCCGCGGACCGGGGCGACGCGAUCGGGCAAAACAAUUUGGGGCUUUUACUUUACUCUGAGAAGAAACAUGAAGAAGCGUUCCGGUACUUCGUGCUCGCGGCGGAUCAAAGCUAUACCACUGCAGAGACCAACCUUGGCGGCCGGUACUUGGACGGAAAAGGCACGGAAGUCGACCUCGGCAAAGCCAGAUACUGGCUCGAGCGCGCCGCUGCCAAGGGCUACGAGAGAGCUAUAGAGGACCUCGCGCGCCUCGACGCGCGAGAUAUUGCCUAAGUCUUUGCGCCG